AUGGCGUUGACGGAGCAUGAUAACGUGGAAGAACAUGCCUCUGAAACGAGUCCGUUACUCGGCAACGGCGAUGGCAAAGUCACCCCUGAUGGUGAAUCAGGCCAAGGAGGAGAUACCGAUAACACUGGUGACAGCCGGGGCGAGAACGAUGCUCCACUCGCGGAAGAACCUAGCACAGGCAAGCUGCUCAUCGUCAUGAGCAGUAUCUGGUUCGGCACAUUCUUGGCUGCGUUAGAUGCGACAAUCAUAGCCACAUUGUCAGCCCCGAUAUCCACCUCCUUCAAUUCAUUGUCCCUACUCUCCUGGCUUGCUUCGGCCUAUUUCAUAGCCAAUGCAGCUCUCCAGCCGCUUAGCGGUCGACUAACGGACAUACUGUCUCGACGGACGGGUCUGAUAUUUUCGAACAUCUUCUUCGCCGCUGGCAACCUCAUCUGCGGUCUCGCCACGAGCGAAUGGGUUAUGAUCUUUGGCAGGAUUGUUGCUGGUAUGGGCGGUGGUGGUCUGACAGCUAUCUCCACCUUCGUAGGGUCUGAUCUUGUUCCUCUGCGCCGACGGGGGGUAUGGCAAGGUUUCGGGAACAUCUGCUUUGGUGUUGGCGCUGGUCUUGGUGGUGUCUUCGGCGGUUGGAUCAAUGAUACUUGGGGAUGGCGGAAAGCGUUUCUGAUUCAAGUGCCAUUCAUUGUCAUCUCCGGCAUCAUGGUAUCCUUCACCGUCAAUAUCCCGGUCAAAUACUCCUCCAAAUCAGCUCUCAAGCGUAUCGACUUCCUCGGCGCCGCAACGCUCAUCACGACCUUGGUUCUCCUUCUUGUCGGUCUGAACUCGGGCGGCAAUGUCGUUCCCUGGAACCACCCUCUAAUCUACACGACUCUUUCCUUAUCUUUCAUCUUCCUCCUUCUCUUCAUCUACAUCGAGAGCAAGCUCGCGUCUGAGCCUGUCAUACCAGUCAAGCUUCUCCUCAACCGGACUGUGCUCGCCGCCUGCUUGACAAACUGGUUCCUGACCAUGUGCGUUUUCUCGCUCCUUUUCUACGGACCCAUAUACUUUCAAGUUAAAGGCCUAUCCCCUACCCAAGCUGGUGUACGACUGAUACCACAGUCCAUCGGCACGGCAAUAGGUAGUGUAUCUACUGGACUCAUCAUGCGCUGGACGGGAAAGUACUACAUACUCAACAUCUGUAUCCAGAUUGUGUUCACCGCGGCUUACGCUUUGCUAUCAUCGUUCACUUUGAUGACGCCAGCAUGGGAGCCUGUGCUUGCCAUGUUGAUGUCCGGGAUUGGGUACAGCGGUAUGCUUACUACCACACUCCUCGCGCUCAUCAGCGCUGUGGAUCAUAAAGAUCAGGCCGUCAUCACGUCGGCUUCUUAUGCAUUCCGAAGUACCGGCAGCGCCAUUGGUAUUACAAUUGCAUCCGCUGUAUUCCAGAAUAUCUUGAAGAUUAGGUUGUGGGCGGUAUUGGGCGACCGGGAGGGCGCCGCUGAUGUUAUUGGGAGGUUGAGGGAUAGUCUCGACGAGAUCAAGACAUUACCGGUAGAAUGGAGGGGUGAGGUGAGAGAGGUGUACAUGGAGGCGCUGAGAGGCGUCUUCCUUACGACAUUAGGCAUAGGUAUUGUAGGUGGGCUGGUGAGUCUGGCUAUGAGGGAGCAUGUCUUGCAUAGGAAUCUAGAGAGGAAAUGA